GUAAAACUGAAGCAUCCUUCUCUCCACAGAAACCUCUCUCACAUGCAUUUUGUCCCCUAGAUAUAGGACCUUCUCCUUUUCUUCCACAACCGUGACCACCACCACUGCCGCCGCCAUCACUUCUUCACCACUGUUCCCUUUUAUCAGCCCAAGAAUUUCUAAGUUUGGUCAUCAGUCCCCAGCUGAUAUGGAGAAGCGAAGCCAUUGUGUCUCGUUCUUCUUGAUCUUGGUAAUGUUAACCACGACUAAAACAUUAGUACUUUUUGUUGCUUCCCUAUCUCCUGAUGGAGAAGCUCUUCUUUCUCUUCUCUCCUCUGCUGAUCCAUCUGCAAAAUCAUCCUCUUCAAUUCUUUCCUCUUGGAACCCAUCAAGCUCAACACCUUGUUCAUGGCAAGCCAUUACUUGUUCUCCUCAAAACAGAGUCAUCUCUCUUUCUUUGCCGAACACAUUCCUCAAUCUCUCUUCACUGCCUUCACAGCUUUCUUCUCUCACUUAUCUGCAACUUCUCAAUCUCUCCUCUACCAAUAUCUCUGGUUCUAUCCCUCCUUCCUUUGGCCAACUCACCAGCCUUAGGCUUUUAGACCUCUCCUCUAACUCUCUUUCAGGUGAAAUACCACAAGAACUUGGUCUCCUCUCUUCACUUCAGUUCCUUUACUUGAACUCUAAUAGAUUAUCUGGUACAAUACCUCCACAACUAGCAAAUCUUACUUCUUUACAAGUUUUUUGUCUGCAAGAUAAUCUCAUCAAUGGCUCAAUACCAUCCCAGUUGGGUUCUUUAAUAUCUCUCCAGCAAUUUAGAGUAGGUGGGAAUCCUUAUUUAACUGGAGAUAUACCUCCAGAAUUAGGACUAUUAACCAAUCUCACUACAUUUGGUGCUGCUGCAACUGGGCUGACUGGUGCGAUACCACCUACGUUUGGGAACUUGAUCAAUCUCCAAACUUUAGCUCUUUACGAUACAGAGGUGUUUGGUUCUAUACCACUUGAGCUUGGUUUGUGUUCAGAGUUGAGGAACUUGUAUUUGCACAUGAAUAAGCUCACUGGCUCCAUCCCUUCUCAGUUGGGUAAGUUGCAGAAACUUACUAGCUUGCUUCUAUGGGGCAAUGCAAUUUCUGGACCCAUCCCAGUUGAGCUUUCAAAUUGUUCGUCUCUGGUUGUGCUUGAUGCUUCAGCUAAUGAUAUUUCUGGAGAAAUCCCAAGUGAUUUAGGGAAGUUAGUGGUUCUUGAGCAGCUUCACUUGUCAGAUAAUUCAUUAACCGGUGUGAUUCCCUGGCAGUUAAGUAAUUGCACAAGCCUAACUGCUCUGCAGCUUGAUAAGAAUCAAUUAUCAGGUGCUAUUCCAUGGCAGAUUGGAGAAUUGAAGUAUUUGCAAAAUUUCUUCUUGUGGGGCAACUCAGUUUCUGGUACCAUACCAGCAUCUUUUGGGAACUGCACUGAAUUAUAUGCUCUUGAUCUUUCAAGAAACAAGCUUACAGGGACAAUCCCAGAUGAGAUUUUUGGAUUGAAGAAAUUAAGCAAGCUUCUGCUUCUAGGGAAUUCAUUAUCAGGAGGGUUGCCGCGAAGUAUUGCAAAUUGUCAGUCUCUGGUGAGAUUGAGGCUUGGUGAAAAUCAACUCUCAGGUCAGAUUCCAAAGGAGAUUGGCCAGUUGCAGAAUUUAGUCUUUCUAGACUUAUACAUGAAUCAUUUCUCUGGAGCAAUCCCAGUUGAGAUUGCCAACAUCACAGUUCUUGAGCUCCUGGAUGUGCACAACAAUCACUUUACAGGAGAGAUACCGUCUCAGCUAGGGGACCUAGUGAAUUUGGAGCAGCUUGAUCUUAGCAGAAACAGCUUCAAAGGUGAAAUUCCAUGGAGCUUUGGCAACUUCAGUUACUUGAACAAGCUGAUUCUCAACAAUAAUCUUCUAUCAGGGUCAAUUCCAAGAUCCAUUAAGAAUUUGCAGAAGCUAACGCUGCUUGAUUUGAGCUACAACAGCUUCUCUGGUCCAAUUCCACCAGAAAUUGGUUAUGUGACAAGCUUAACCAUCAGUUUGGACUUGAGCUCAAAUGCAUUUACAGGAGAAAUCCCAGAGACAAUAUCAAGUUUGACCCAGUUACAAUCAAUUGAUCUUUCUCAUAAUUUGCUUUAUGGGAACAUUAAGGUUCUUGGUUCUCUUACAAGCCUCACUUCCCUAAAUAUCUCUUGCAACAACUUCUCAGGCCCUAUUCCUGUAACACCAUUUUUCAGAACUUUGUCCUCUAGUUCAUAUUUUCAAAACCCAAAUCUUUGCUUAUCAACUGAUGGGUCUACUUGUUCAUCAAGAGUUACUAGAAGAAAUGGAUUGAAAUCGGCCAAAACUGUAGCAUUGAUUUCUGUGAUUCUGGCUUCAGUGACAAUGGCAGUUAUUGCUUCAUGGAUUUUACUUUCUAGGAAUCAUAAGUACAUGCUGGAGAAAGCUUUAGGAGCAUCAUCCUCUUCAUCAGAGGCUGAAGAUUUCUCUUAUCCAUGGACUUUUAUCCCAUUUCAAAAGCUCAACUUUUCCAUUGAUAACAUCUUAGAUUGUUUGAGAGAUGAAAAUGUGAUUGGCAAAGGCUGCUCUGGUGUUGUCUACAAGGCUGAAAUGCCUAGUGGGGAAUUGAUUGCAGUCAAAAAGCUUUGGAAAACAAAACGAGAAGAAGAACCCGUGGAUUCAUUUGCAGCGGAAAUUCAAAUUCUAGGACACAUUCGACAUCGAAAUAUUGUGAAGCUCUUAGGCUAUUGUUCCAAUAGAAGUGUCAAGCUUCUUCUCUACAACUACAUUCCAAAUGGUAAUUUGCAACAGCUGUUGCGAGGGAAUCGAAACUUGGAUUGGGAAACAAGGUACAAGAUUGCAGUAGGAUCAGCUCAAGGUCUAGCUUACCUUCAUCAUGAUUGUUUGCCUGCAAUUCUUCACAGAGAUGUUAAGUGCAAUAACAUCCUUCUAGAUUCCAAGUUUGAGGCUUAUUUGGCAGAUUUCGGCCUAGCCAAAUUGAUGAACUCUGCAAAUUAUCAUCAAGCCAUAUCAAGGGUUGCUGGAUCUUAUGGUUAUAUUGCUCCAGAGUAUGGAUAUAGCAUGAAUAUAACAGAAAAAAGUGAUGUUUAUAGCUAUGGGGUGGUGUUGCUAGAGAUUCUAAGCGGCCGGAGUGCUGUGGAAUCUCAAGUUGGAGAUGGGCUGCACAUAGUUGAAUGGGUGAAGAAAAAGAUGGCAAGUUUUGAACCAGCUGUUUCAAUACUAGAUGCAAAGCUUCAAGGUUUACCAGAUCAGAUGGUGCAAGAAAUGCUUCAAACACUAGGUAUAGCAAUGUUCUGUGUCAACUCUUCCCCGGCCGAGCGGCCGACAAUGAAGGAAGUAGUGGCAUUGUUAAUGGAGGUGAAGAGCACACCAGAAGAAUGGGGAAAGACAUCUCAACCUUUAAUAAAACAGUCAUCAAAUCAAAGUUGAAAUAAGGUCUUAGGUUUUUGUGGUCUUAUGUCCUUGCAGAGACAUCAAUGAUUGAUUUCUCUUAUCUAUCCCAAGAAGAAAAAAGAAAGAACAAUGCAACUGUUGAGGAAAAUGAGAAGAGGAAUAGCUUUGAGUGUUGGUAUUGUUUUGGGUUUCUUGUACAGUUUUAGAAACAGCAGUGUGGUCAUGCUUUGCUUCACAUCACUUUAAAUGCGUGAAUACUAGGAAGUUUUCCAGUAAUCUAGAGCUCUUCCAGUUAAUGCAAUGUUUAGCUUUGUUCUUAGCUCUUAAACUUUUCAAGGUUCCCAAAUUUCAGAUUAAAUUCUGGC